AUGAAAGUAGAGAGUCUCGGUGGUAGCAGAUAUUUCAUGACGUUUAUUGAUGAUGCCUCAAGAAAAUUGUGGGUGUAUUUCUUGAGAACGAAGGGCGAAGUUUUUCAAUACUUCAAAAAGUUUCAUGCUAUGGUGGAGAGACAGAUUGGUAAACCUUUGAAGUGUCUUCGCUCAGAUAAUGGGAGGGAGUAUACUUCCCAUGAAUUCAAGAAUUAUUGUGCCGAGCAUGGCCUCAGGCAUGAGAAGAUUGUACCUGGAACCCCACAACAUAAUGGUGUGGCUGAAAGAAUCAACAGAACCAUUAUGGAGAAAGUGAGGUAUGAUAUGUUGAUAGUGGGACAGGAUAUGAAGCUAAUUGGUGAUUUGAAGAGAGAAUUAGCAAAGUCCUUUGAAAUGAAGGAUAUGGGCCCUGCGAAACAAAUUUUGGGCAUGCAGAUCAUGCGAGACCGAAAAUCCAAGAGGUUAUGGUUAUCGCAAGAACGAGUAUAUUGCAAUGACAGAAGCAGGAAAAGAAAUGCUUUGGUUGAAGAGGUUUCUUCAGCAAUUGGGAAUGAAGCAAGAAAGUCUGUUCGAUUUAACUUCUCGGUCCCGCUCGAGCUCAUUUGCUGUGAUGAGAGGACGCCGGUGAGGCCGACGAUGAUCGGAGAUGUGUCUGGUCGGAGCGGCGGAGGGUGGUGGUGA